AUUCAAAUAUACAAUCUUCAUCUCCAGCAAUGAAACCCCAAAACUCUGCAUCUUAUCCAAGGGGUGGAGUCAUCAGCCAUAACUUAGACAUGACGGAGGACAGUGAAAUAUCAGAGUAUGAGAUGCAUCAAGGUCAUGAACCUGGAAUUCGCUACAUCACUGAAAACCUUAUUCACAAAUUGUCGAAACAGGAAAACUUGGCGUUUGUGACAGCCUUAAAUCUCUGUCUUUCAAAGGAAGGAGGCAAAAAAUUCAAGUAUAUAGAAAAUCUGGAGAAAUGUGAGAAGUUGGAAGUUUUAAAUCUCAGUUAUAAUCUCCUAGAGAGAAUUGAGAAACUGGAGAAACAGAGCCGUCUUCGUGAGCUGAACCUGUCACAAAACAGAAUCAGUAAAAUUGAAGGUUUGGAGCACAUGUACAACCUGCAGAAGCUGAACCUGGCUGGGAAUGAGAUUGAGCACAUACCUGUCUGGUUUGGAAAGAAGAUAAAAGCACUUAACACCCUGAAUCUGAAGCAGAAUAAAAUCUUCUCCUUGCAGGAUGUUUCUCGCUUGAAGACCUUAAAAGAUUUAACGUCGCUCUUCUUGGCGGAUAAUCCAAUUGCUAAUCUUCCCCAUUAUCGUCUCUUCAUCAUUUUUCACCUGCGCUCCCUGAAUGUUCUAGAUGGUCAGCCAAUUACAAACCAGGAAAGACAAGAAGCACAUGAACGCUUUAAUAUGGAAGAGGUAGAGAAACUAGAGAAGGACAUGGAGAAGAAGAUGAAAGAGAUUGAAGAAUUGCAGGGCCAGAAGGCCAAGGUCCUUAAUGAGCUCCAUCACCAGGAUGAGCUCAACAAGUCUCUGAGGCAGGAGGCCCAACAACACAAGAAGAAUUCGAAAGAGCUGGAGCGAGAAAUGGACACCAAGAAGGAACUACUGAAGCAGAAGACCCUGGAACUCACACGUGCCUGCCAGAAGCAAUAUGAGCUGGAGCAAGAGCUUGCCUUCUACAAGAUAGAUGCCAAGUUUGAGCCGCUGGGAUAUCUGACAUCGGAGGAAAUGGAUGCAGAGGUGACUCCAGAUGAAAGUCCUUACAUUGGAAAAGCUCGCUAUAAGAGGAACCUGUACGCUCAAGAGGGUUUCAUUCCUGACCGGGCACAGCACAUACAGAUGGGAAAGAUCGAGGCGGAUGGGGAUGACCAAAUUAAGAAUCAGCAAAUCCGUGCCCGGAUCCAUACAACACUUGAUGUAGACCUGAAUGAAAAAGAGAAGACUAUCCAGACAGCGCAAGCAAAAUUGUCAGAACUGCAACAGGAAAUAGUAAACUCAGAGCAGCAGAUCUUGAAGGCAACUGAGGAACUGAAAGAACUGGAGGAUGCUGUGGCUCAGCGGAAGAUCGUGGAGACAGAAAAGGAAAAACUCCGUCAGCAGCUGAGCCAAAAAAUUCAAUUGCUGAAUGAGCUGCGUCAAGAGGCUCAGGAACUGGAGAGGCAGAUGGAUCGCCAGAGAAGGGAGAUGGAUAAGAAAUACGCAGAGCUAGAAGAACUGCAGAGGCAUCUUGACUCUCUUAGCCCUCAUGAUCCCCAACAUGCCCAUGUGCAGGCCCAGAAGGCCAGUAAGGAGCAGCAAUUGGAGAUGAUGGACAGACAGUACAAGCAGCUGGAAGGACGCCUGGAUGAGAUGCUGUCCCGUAUUGCCAGAGAAACCGAGGAGAUAAAAGACCUGGAACAACAGUUGACAGAAGGUCAGAUAGCUGCAAAUGAGGCCUUGAAGCGAGAUCUGGAGGGGAUAAUCUCCGGGUUACAGGAGUACCUGGAUAGUGUGAAGGGUCAGGCCAAGCAAGCCCAUGAGGAGUGUCGGGAGCUGCAGUCUGAGCGGGAAGUUCUGCUGCAGAGACUAGAAGAGCUGGAGGAGGAGCGGGAGAGACUGGAAGCGGCAGCACAGGACACAGAAGAUCUGAAGAAGGAGAUCGAAGAGUUGGAACGUACUCUCCAGGAACAGCAAGACUUGAACGAAUCUCUUCGCCAGGCCCAGGGCAACCUCAGUGAAUAUGAAGCCCAGCUAGAGGAGCAGCUUGGAGCGCGAGAAGCGGAGAUCGAACAGCUGAAGCAGGAGCUAGAGAGAAGGAAACGGCAGGGACAUGCGGAGAGUUCUGCGCUGAAAGCUGAGCUGCAGAGAGACAGGCAUGCACUGGAGAAUGCGCUGACUAAGGCUCAAAUGUUGGAGGAGAAGGACAAAGACGGCAAAAAGCUUUCGUCUCAGCUCCAGCAGCUGCAGAGAGAAAAUGAAUCGCUGAAGAAGCAGCUGGAGAGGGUGCAGGCACAGCUGACUGACGCCCUGCAGAACAUGGUACAUCCUGACCAGAUCACUGGCCGAGUGUCAGAGCUAAAGAGAAAGCUGCAGACUGGAGUGGGUGAAGUCAGGUCUUCUGGUCCUUCAGACAUUCUUGGUCAGAAUCUUGCAGAACUGCAGCAGCAGAUAAAUGACAUUCUAGAGAAGGCAGAGGAGGAGAAAAGAGAAGCAAACAAGAGGCAGAAAAAGUUACAAGAGGAAAUACCGGCCCUGCAGGAGAAAGCUAAAGAGGCUCCGUGGGAGUAUAAGAAAGCCUGCAACAAAGCUGCCGAAGCCAGGAUCCAGCAGGAGAAGAGGCAGUGUGAGGCCAGGGUGCGGCAGUUGGAGAGAGAAGUGCACCAACUGAAUGACAAGCUGAAGACAAUGGAGGAGAUUCAAGGUCUGGCUGACCAGCAGCUGGUGGAAGCAGAUGAAGAGCGGGAGAGAUUGCUCACAGCACUGCAUGAUCUGCAGAGUGAGAAGAAAAUGGAAGAUGUCAGGGCACAGAAACAGCUUUCUGGACUUGAAAAUGAACUCAGGGAGUUGAAGAAAGCAGUGGCCAUGUCAGACAAAGUGGCCACCUCAGAGCUGACUGAUGCCAAACACCAGCUGAGGUCUCUCCAUGGCACAGUUCUUCAGAUCAAUCAAGAUCGUGCUGAGAAGAUGCGGGAAGCUGAGAAUUUCUGCUCCCAGACAGCUCAGGCGGCCAGGGAUCUGUCUAAAGCUGAGGCAGAAAUCGAUCUUCUGCAAGAAUUGCUACAAGUGAAGGAAAGACAGCUCCGGGAAGAGGUGCAGAAUUUAGAUGCUGGUGCCACCAUCUCCACCUCCCAGCAGCUGGAGAUUGACAAACUCAACCAGACGCUUCGGAGACAGCGGGCAGAGAUAGAGCGCCUCAGACACAUGCUGGAUCAUGUCAGAGUUGAUAAUGCUGAAGAGAUCGACAAUCUACUGGAUGAGAUUGAUUCCCUCAGAAAUGCUCUUGGGUAUCAGAAUGAUUAUAUCACUGGCAUGACCGACCCGUUCCGGAGGAGAGGUUACUGGUAUUAUGUGCCAUCUUCCUCCAAUAACUCUGGACGUGAUUCGAUAAGUACUAAAGACUCUGGUGUCAGUUUACAUUACCCACUGACCUCAUCUCCUGCAAGAUGGAAGGAUGGUCACCACAGACACAUCAAAAAGGAGAAGCUUUCAACGCCAGGAAUGGGGCAUUGGGUAUAUUCACCAUUUCGACAUGGGCAUCACAGGUGCCACAGAGAUGAUGAAGUCGAUGGUGGCUCACGCAGUGAUAGUGAUACAUCACCAUGUCGCUUUGUUCCUCCUCCCGGCUCAGUAAUUUAUACAGUGUUUCCUGAUGGUUCUCCAGUCCCCCAAGGGACUGUCAUUUAUGGACCUGCACCUCCCUCCACUGGUAGAUCUGUGGCCCCUGGGACUGUUGUAUAUGGGCCCCCACCUGCUGGCUCUCACUUUGUUUAUGGUCCUCCUCCUCCGCAGUUCACUAUUCCAGUCAUUCCAGCUGGCGUUCUGCACUGCAAUGUGUCUGCACAUCACAAUCUGGAAAAUGAAGUUGCUCGACUUGAAGAUAUUAUAGAUCACCUGAAGUCUCGCCGUCAAAGAGAAAAAAGGGCAAAAGUGCGAUUAACAGAUGAUAUUAAAGAACUGGAGCGUCGCAAACAAAUGCUGAGAAGAGAGGUCGAAGAUUUGCAUAACACCACCCAGAAACAUAAGCGCAAGAAUUUCACAGAGGGACAUCUGGACAACCUGAUUACAGAGCUGGAACUAGAGAGAUCAUUGCAGCAUCAUGACAGUAUUGGGGAUGAGAUUGAUUGCAUAGAAAAAACACUUGUGAAGAGAAGGGCAGAGCUCCGACAGGCUGACCGGCUUCUGGCGGAGGCAGAAAAUGAACUGAAGGACACACAGGAAAAGACUGCAGAUUUAAUAGAAAAAUACAGUACAGCUAAGAAGCAUUUAUCCCAAACGGAGAACGAUGCAGAAGAGCUGGAGAGACGGGCACAGGAAACUGCUGUGAAUCUCGUAAAAGCUGACCAGCAGCUGCGGAUUCUGCAAACCAAUGCCAGAGACUUGGAACAACACAGAGCAGAGCAAGAAAAUAUCCUGCAGGAGAUAAACAGCGUUGUGUCUUCAAAAGAUAACGAAUUCCAGUCUCUGAACCACAAGAUCCAAACCAUGGCUGACAGUCUUCUGAAGCUGCAGGACGACAUCCAGGUAGCGGAGGGUAAAGAAGACCACCAUCUGCAGAUAUUGAAGGAAGCUGAAAAUCUCCUUCUGGAAAAAAAGAUUAUUCUGGAGAGACUAAACAGUCAGAUUUCAUUACAGCAGGAUGAAAUUACGGAACUGGACCGGGUCUUGGGACAAAAGAAGGAAGAGCUGAAUCUCCUGCAAGACCAAAUUGAGAUAAAGAUGGGUGAUUUGAAGGAGGUCCUGCGGCGCGGGGAGCAGGAGGCAGCUGAGAAAAGGCGAGAGAUAAAGGAGGUGAAAUCCUUGUUGGACGAUUUAAGUGUUGAAAAAGGGGAACUGAGUGCCCAGCUGAAUGAAAAAAGAUUGCAUCUGUCCAACCUUAAACAGGAAGUGAUGCAGGAAGAGGACAAUCUACAAAAACGCACCUCUCAGAUUCACAAACAAAAAACUGAGUUGAAGCAUGUGCUGGAAAUGCAGCAACUAGAAACGAAUGAGCUACGGGGGCUGAAAAUGCAGCAUGAUCAGAAAAUUAAUGACUUGGAGAAGACUCAGCCGCUGCUGUUGCAGGGGAAACUGGAACUGGAGAACCUGCAGAGGAUGUUGCAGCGACUAAAUGGAGAGGUGGACUGGAAGAAGCAGCUACUGGAAAAAGAUCACCAGGAGAUCGAGCUUCUCAUGACACAGAUGCACACUCUGCAGGAGAAGGUGGAAAUCCUGAGUGGAGAAAAGGAACAACUGGAGGAGAGCAGAGAUGACCUGGAGCGCAAACUGGCUCAUACGAAGAAGGCCCUAGCCGACACAGAAGCGAGUGCAAGGACAGCAAGCGGCACACUGGACAAACUGGAAUCUGAUAUAAAAAGUCUACAGAGUGAGCUCAGUCAGCUGAGCAAGCAGAAAGAAUCAUUUAGACAGGAAACCACAGCUGCUCAACAAACACUGCAAGAAAAAAGCGGGGAGGUGAAGCUGCUGCAGGAUGAGCUGACUGCCUUGCGGGAUCAGCUGAGGGUGGUGGAGCAGGAUCUGAGGAACACCACAAAACAGCGGGAUGACAUGUUGUGUGAGCAGUCCACCCUUCAGAAUGAUAUUUCAGAAUCCACAAGACAAUACAGACUGCUGCAGGAUAAGGAGAGCAAGAAGGAACAACACCUCAAACAGAUGCUAAGAGCCAUCGAGUGCAAAGAGUGUGAGAUCAAGCAGCAGGAAACACAUUUAAAACAAAUUAUGAAGGAUAUUGAGCACCAAGAGGAAAAGCUCAGGGCUUCGGCAGCUAGGCUGGAAGACCAGAGGCAUACUUAUGAGCAGGAGAUAUUAAACCAACAGAAUGCUCUAGAUAGAAUAAAUGCCAAAGUCCUUGCACUAGAGGAGCACACUCGAAAGAUGCAGGAAGAGAAGAGAUGGUGUGGAGAUCUAGAAGAGUCUUUGGCCACUGCACGCCAUCUCCUGUCGGAGCACGACGAGCAGUUACGAGAUAAAACCAAUGAGAUUUUGUCACUGCAGAAAGAGGCCGAGAUUUACAGGAAGGAAUUGAGCAGCUUGAGAAAACAGCUGUUGUCUGAGAAGAAGAAUGAUGAGAAUAGAAUAUUGAUGUUGAAAGAAGCCAUUACAAACCAGCGCUUGCAGUUCGAGCAGUCGGCUGAGGAACAGAAACUGGAAUCCAGCAGUCUGAAGAAACAGCUUCUGGCUGCAGAACAAGCUGCUUAUGACAACCAUGAAAGAGCCAAACGUCUACUCAAAGAACUGAAACAGUUACAGGCAGAGCAUGCCAUACUUCGGAAACAGCUGAAGAGUCAGGAGGAGCUGGACAAGAGGCAGCAAGAAGUGAAUGAGGCUGUGAAAGAGUUAAAAGCUCAGGUGAAGCGGGAAAUUCAAAGUACUCUGCAGGACCUACAGUGCUCUGCGAAAGAUGACCUCGAGGAGGAUGCAGAGGCCAUAUUGGAACACAAUCAAAGUGUCCGCUCUGAGCUGGAGAGUCUGAAGGAGAAUUUCCCUUUCACUGCAAACUCUACAUCAGAACCGCCACUGGCAGGCAAACUUGGGAGCAGCCAGAGUCAGUUAACGGAGGAACAUUGGCGUGGGGAGGCACUAAGGGAAAAGCUCAGACAACAGGAAGAUCGGCUGAAGGCCCAGCUCCACCAGCAGAUGUGUAAGCAGGCAGAUGUGCUGAGCAGAGGCCGACAGCAGACGGAGGGAUCUCUGUUCAGUCUGAGGAGACAGGUCAAUGCUCUAGAUGAACUGGUCAGUAAUAUAUCAGCGGAUUCUUCGUUCCAUUCCCAGAAUUCCUCUAGUGCAACACCGUUUCUGAGUGAAGAGACGCGCAGCCUGAACUUUAGAGCCAGCACCAGCCCCAUCCCUGUGACUAGGUUGGCAGGAACACAGUCACUGUUCAGAGAGUGCUGUGACGCUCUACAGACACUGGACACCAAGGCAGCCAAUCGCUUAGCUUGCUGCCUCCUCCACCAUCGGAUAUCCAGCCUGAUCAAAUGA